GAGGGCCGGGGCCCUGAGCCAUCGCCCUCCUCGCUUCCUCCCACCUUCCUCCCGCGUUGCCAUUUCAGAGCAGGUCGCGGGCGGCGCGCUCACACGGUCACGGUCUCCUCAGUCCUCACCCUCACGCGCAGCCCGUCACACCGCAUCACAUCGAUCCCUCCUUCCCCGCUCCCCAACCCAGACGCCGACUCCUUCAACUCCGCGUCUACGUCUUCGUCCCCUGCCUGCACGAUUGAUUGAAUCUUCUCCCUCCCCAUUUGCCAGCCACCCACUAGUAUUUCUUCUCCCGAUCCAAGAAGAAACCUGCCGCCGGAGCGAAUCCCAAGAAACGAUCUUGAUCUCGAUCCGCGAGGAAGCUAGUCGGCCACCCAGCCAGAGCCAGAGCAGCGGCGCGAUCCAGGAGAGCCAGCCAGCCGACAUGAACAACCUGUUCUCGAGCUCGUGGAAGCGCGUCGGCGGCGGCGGUGGGGACGGGGACAUCGAGUCCGGCGGCGUGGAGCUGUCCGCGCCGCCGGGUGCCGCGGCGGGGGCGAGCCUGGACAAGUUCUUCGAGGACGUGGAGUCCAUCAAGGACGAGCUCCGCGACCUGGAGCGCAUCCAGCGCUCCCUCCACGACGCCAACGAGGGCGGCAAGUCGCUGCACGACGCGGCGGCCGUGCGCGAGCUCCGGUCCCGGAUGGACGCCGACGUCGCCGCGGCGAUCAAGAAGGCCAAGGUGGUGAAGCUCCGGCUCGAGUCCCUGGACCGCGCCAACGCCGCGAACCGGUCGGUGCCCGGGUGCGGCCCGGGGUCCUCCACCGACCGCACCCGGACGUCCGUGGUGGCCGGGCUCCGCAAGAAGCUCCGGGACUCGAUGGAGGCCUUCUCCUCCCUCCGGUCUCGCAUCGCGUCCGAGUACCGCGACACGGUGGCGCGGCGGUACUUCACGGUGACGGGGUCGCAGCCGGACGAGGCGACCCUGGACGCGCUGGCGGAGUCCGGCGAGGGAGAGCGGUUCCUGCAGCGCGCGAUCGCGGAGCAGGGGCGCGGGGAGGUGCUGGGCGUGGUGGCGGAGAUCCAGGAGCGGCACGGCGCGGUGGCGGAGCUGGAGCGCAGCCUGCGGGAGCUGCAGCAGGUGUUCAACGACAUGGCGGUGCUGGUGGCGGCGCAGGGGGAGCAGCUGGACGACAUCGAGGGCAACGUGGGGCGCGCCCGCUCCUUCGUCGACCGCGGCCGGGAGCAGCUGCAGGUGGCGCGGAAGCACCAGAGGAGCACGCGCAAGUGGACGUGCAUCGGCAUCCUCAUCCUCCUCGUCAUCAUCCUCGUCAUCGUCCUCCCCAUCGUGCUCAAGACCGUCAACAACAACAAGAGCAACUAGCAGCAGCCUGGCCAUCGUUGUUCAUGGCGAUCCGGCGGUGCUCUUGUGGAUACGAUACACCGGGAGAGAUUGUUAUUUCUUGUUUCCAAUUCGUUAUAGUUGUUUGUUCGUGGCGUUUGUAUCUAUAUGGCUAGCUGAUCCGAUCGAGCUGACUACAUAUAUCGGUGAUUUUGUUUAUGAUGAUGACAUUUGGGUUGGAAUCU